GAUCGAAUCAGUCGAACAGCACAAACCGCGGCUCGCCGGCGUCCUCGAGCGGGUCUCUGAGAUGUUAUCGAUCAACUCUCCGGGAAGGUUAGCUUAGCUUAGCUUAGCUUAGCUUAGCUAGCAACCGGCUUCACAGUCGGCCUCGUAAACGUUAACGUGUAAAAGGCUCAAGUAAACGUCGGCUGACGAGUAGCGUGAGUGGAGGUAUAACGCAGCCGUUGUGUUCCUCUCAUACGAGGCGUCAAUAGCGAUAUCAAACGUGUGUUUUAUCGCCCACACGUCGGGGACACGGACCGGUAGCGCUCCGAGCUGUCAAAGUUAAAGGUGUUCGCCUAGCUUUCGCUAGCAAGGUAAAGUGAGUAACCCACCUGGCCACCAUGGCGUCCCCAUCGGGCUGCUGACCCCGGCGGCUUCCUGCACGCCACGCCGAGGGAGGGGGCUAGGAGCUAGCUUGCUAGUUAGCGUCGCUAACAUGCAGCACAGGCCCGGCGUUUCCAGGAGGCGGCACUGCUGAGAGGCGCGUGUGUGUGUGUGUGUGUGUGUGAGAGAGUGUGUGUGCGCCGGGCAAUGGAUGACUUCACCACCAGGACGUACGGCACCAGCGGCAUGGACAACAGGCCUCUGUUCGGGGAGACCUCGGCACGGGAUCGGAUCAUCAACCUGGCGGUGGGGGGGUUCACGUCUCUGGUCGUUCUCGUGACGGUGAUCAGCUCCUUUGUGUUCCCCUCGUUGCCUCCGCGGCCGCUCAACGUCUUCUUCGCCGUGUGCAUCUUGUUGGCGUGCGGAUCGGCGAUAGUGCUGAUAUUUUGGUACCGGCAGGGUGAUCUGGAGCCUAAAUUCAGGAACCUUAUCUACUACAUGCUGGCGUCCAUCUUGCUGCUGUGUCUCUGUGCCAAUCUCUACUUCCACGAUGUCAGGUAAAGACGAGGACACCUGGAGGAGGACAAAGCAGAAGGGAGGACAUGGCCUUGGCACAUGGAGGGACUACUUGGAGAGGCGCACACUUGAAGGAAUGAACUUCCCAGCUGAGCAAACUGAAGAUUCUCGGAUCAAAGCCAGAGAAGCUUUUUGGUUCCAGUGGGACGAAGACGGCCAGACUUGGUGCUGAAGCACAAUGAACUUCACACUCACAGACGCACAACACGCCACAGCGUAGACACCAGGAUGUGCUGUUAGAGGCCAUGAAGCUGCCUAGAGGAUGUUUACAGGAAGGUAAAGAUCCUUAAUCCCAGUCGCAUCGUCACGACAACGAGCUCUUCCACAUUCGUCAGAAUGCAUCAGGUCCGGUUUGAUGAGAAACAUCCGCCCUUUUUACGACGCCUCCUCUGGAGCGAUCGUUUCCAAAAGUUCCUCAGAAAAAACCUAAAUCACCUGAGCUGGAUCGGCAGAUAAUAAACAAAUUGUGUACUGCUGCAUAGAACUGUUCUACAGUGGGUUCACAGGUCAACAGGUUUUUAGAAAGAUGUAAUGGCUUUGUGCGGCUUGUAUGCAAUGCAUUGUGGGUACACUCAAGGAUUUUGUAAUGUAUAUUUAAUGUAGAUGACCUGUGGAAUUGGGACACAAUCAAACUUCUCCUUCAAGCUUUAAUGAAACAUCAAGGAGAUAAAAUGUUUAUAAAAACUGCCAAACUGUUAUAGAAUAUAUGCAACUCAGUUUUUAAAAUAUUCUUCUCCCCUUUAAAUCUAUUUUUUUUUUCUUCACACACUUGAAGCUGAAAUCAAUUGAUGCCAUUAUAGGAAAGAAAUAAACCUUAUUGGUACUGGGUGAGGAGGUUAAAAUUCAAACUUUUACAAUAAAGUAGAUUUAAAGUUAAAUUUUACAGGGGAAAAAAACAUUUCUUGAAAAGGCCCAAUAAAUGAAAAGGUCUCUGGUUAAUAGCUAAUCAGUAUUUUCUUAAUGCUCAAUUGGAUUAUUUAUUAUCAUGAAAGGCUUUUUAAAAAAUCAGCAUCUCUGUUCUCAAGAGUUUUGAACAUGAUUUUCUGUGUUUUUUUUUUCUUCCUUUAAUCUCAAACUACGUCUCUCUAAUCUCGAUGUGAUCAGGGUGGAUGUUUCCCUUAAGCAGGCCGGAGCUGAUGUGCACGUAGAGACACUGAGCUGUAGCACAAACCAAUGUAUGCAACAUUCUGUAUGUUUUUAUUGUGUCAGAGCUUCUGAUUCUCACAUCAAAGUCUUCCAACACACACACACACACUGAGCUGGGGAUUUCCAGAAGUAGCCUCGAGUUUGCUUCCUUCAGUUUUACGGAUGCGCGCGGCUCGGCACAUCUGUUGAGUUACAGAUGUGUGGUUUGCAGGUUGGAUGCACGUGGAGCUGCUUCAGUAAAGAUGCAAAGGCCUCUUUCAAACUGGCUCCAAGUCUGCAGCAGCUUUUAUACCAAAAGUCUACAAGACUCGAUGCUGAUUCUUGAUUAAGCUCAAAGUUAUUCACUUUCUGCCAAAACUAAUCCUGACACUUUAUUCCAACAUAGAAAACAAGCUGACUCUUCCUCUCAGCUCACCAUGUGAUUCUUUUUGUUGAGAUAAACUGGAGUCACGUGACCAAACUGCACUAGACACUGAGCGGGAAAACAAACCAGACUCAACCUGCCACGACUUUAGGAUUGUUAAAGCCAUGUGGUCCUUGUCAUGUAAUAAAUGAUGUACCCACA